UAUCAAGUAGAGAUGUAAUAAUUAAAACAGACAAGAGUCUCUCACUCUGUUUAAAUAAAGAAUCUGCAGACUCAUUUGAUUGCCUUAAAUGUGUGUGGGAGAAGAUGAACAUGCUGACAGUUCUCUUCCACAGGGAAUCCUAGGAGUAUUUAUGCAGUUUAGGAACAAAGGAAAUACAGAUUAUGACAUUAUUACCAAGGCAACAGGUGAUUAAAUAAAGCAGUCAGCCAGAAUCGCAGGUUUGGGGGGGGGGUUUCACAGGAUAAGGCAACACUGAUGUCUGAAGUCUUAGAAUCUUAAUAAGACCCUUUGUUCAAAGCACACUUUCAAAGACAGGCUUGUAUUACCAGAGAACAGAGUACAUUUGGAAUGGUUACAAAUAUUAACACACACCUAAUUGCCCAUAAACAAAACCAGUAUUCUUGAAGUACUUCUGUUUUAACACCUGACCAAAUUCUUUUAUCUUGUUUAAAUUUGCAGGAUGGUAUUUCUCCCUCCCUGAAUGCAAGGGAAAUAGGGCAUUGCCUUCCUUUCUUUCUUAGGCUCCUUUUUGUUAAUUAAAAAAACAUUCCUGUUUUUGAAGUGGGCUCUGGAGUUUUGCUAGGGUUUCUUAAAAAGAAAAAUAAAGGAGAAGAAAAGAAAAUAGGUUUGAGAGCCAUUGGGCUAGAGAGUGACAGGGAUGCCAGAUAAGAAAAGUAGCUCAGAAAGGCCUCUGUGGGGCAGGGGGUAGGGGGAGUGACAUUUAUUGUUUAUCUCUUCCUUUAGAACAUAAGUCCCUUGAGGGCUGAGAUUUUUGUCCUGUUCUCUAAUGCUGAGAACCACAUCUGGCAUCCAGUAAGUGCUCAGUAAACAUUGAAUAUAUUUAUUUAACAAACAGAGCACCUACUGUAUGCCAAACACCGUUCUAAGAACUUUAAGAAAGCUAAAUCCCAAUCUCUGCAAAAAAGCCUACUUAUGUUGUAAGUGCUGUCUGUGAGCACAUUUUACAGAGGAGGAAACAAGCUGGGGGAGGGGGGUGUUACCUGCCGAGAGUGGGGGUUCUCUGGUGGAAUAUGGGCAAGCUGGUUCCCUCCUAACUGUGCCCAGGCUCCUCCCACUUCUCUUUCUCACUUCCCCUGUGCUGAGCAGCCCCCAUGCUGACCGCAGGGAACCUAGCUUUCAGGAAAGAGGAGGGUGGAGGUCAAGUCAGGAUGGAGGAUGAAGCAAUUACCUCGAUGCCCCCUCCACCCCAUGAGAAAGGACACACUGAGCACACCACACUCAUUUCACCCUUGUUCAACACCCCUAUGAGGUUGACCUUGUCAUUGUGGUAGAGAUUAUGCAUUUUACAGAUAGGGAAACUGAGGCUCAGAGGUAUAAGUGAACUUGCCCAAGGUCACACAGCUAGGAAGUUGCUGCAAACUCCUAUGUUCCAUUUCCCUUCACUGAGAAUUUGUCCAAGGAGUGUUGACUGAGCACUGAAAAGUUGCUGCGGGGAGUGUGAGGGGGUGGGGAUAUGGUGACAAAACAGGACCAAGGGUGAAACAGGAAAUCAGGAGGGAGAGUAGAGGAGGAGGCAGAAAGGACAGGGGAGAGGUCAGAGCUGAAGAGGCCUGCAGGAUGCCCUCUCCUCUCCCCCCGCCCUUCGCCCUCCCAGUUCCUCUUUCUCUGCUGACUCGAGGAACAGGUCAACCCACAUAAAGCUGGGCUUCUUCCUCUUGGCACUGGGGCAGGAGACAGUGCUCAACAUGACUGCUUGUGCACAAGCCCCUCAGUGGUUGCUGCUGCUGCUGCUGCUGCUGCCAUUGCUCACCCUGCCAGCCACAGGUUCAGACCCCGUGCUCUGCUUCGCCCAGUAUGAGGAAUCCUCUGGCAAGUGCAAGGACCUCCUGGGAAGUGUCAAGGUAGAAGACUGCUGUCUCAACGCUGCCUUUGCUUUCCAGGAAGAUGGCAGCAAGAUCUGUCAGAUAUGCAGGUUCCCACGAUGGUCACCCUGGUCCACAUGGACCCCCUGCUCGGCAAAAUGCUCUGAGGGAUCCCAGCUGCGGCAUCGGCGCUGCGUAGGCCGGGAUGGGAAGUGCUCUGAGAAGGCAGUGCCUGGGACCCUCGAGUGGCAGCUACAGGCCUGUGAAGACCAGCCGUGCUGUCCUGAAAUGGGUGGCUGGUCUGACUGGGGACCCUGGAAACCUUGCUCUGUCACCUGCUCCAAAGGGAUCCAGAUCCGCGAGCGAGCUUGUAAUCAUCCUGCCCCCAAGUGUGGAGGCCACUGCCCAGGAGAGACACAGGAGUCACAGGACUGUGACUCCAAGCAAGUCUGCCCCACACAUGGGGCCUGGGCCACCUGGGGCCCCUGGAGCCCCUGCUCAGGCUCCUGCCACGGGGGAUCCCAUGCACCUAUGGAAACACGAAGCCGCACAUGUUCUGCACCUGAGCCCUCCCAGAAGCCUCCUGGGAAGACCUGCCCAGGGCCAGCCUAUGAGCAGCGGAGCUGCCCUGGUCUGCUGCCCUGCCCAGUGGCUGGGGGCUGGGGUCCAUGGGGCCCUGUGAGCCCCUGCCCUGUGACCUGUGGCCUGGGCCAGACCAUGGAACAACGGACAUGUGAUCACCCUGUGCCCCAGCAUGGGGGCCCCUUCUGUGCUGGUGAUGCCACCCGGACCCACAUCUGCAACACAGCCGUGCCCUGCCCUGUGGAUGGAGAGUGGGAGGCCUGGGGGCAGUGGAACACCUGCACCCGCCCGAACAUAAAGUCCAUCAGCUGUAAGGAAAUCCCGGGCCAGCAGACACGCUUAAGGACCUGCAAGGGCCGCAAGUUUAAUGGACAGCGAUGUGCCGGCCAAUACCAAGAUAUCCGGCACUGCUACAACAUCGAGGGCUGCGUCUGGAAAGGUUCAUGGGCAGAGUGGAGUACCUGGGGGCUGUGCAUGCCUCCGUGUGGACCCGAGCCCACCCGUGUCCGUCGUCGCCUCUGCACAGCCUUGCUCCCCAAGUACCCGCCCACCAUUUCCAUGGUCGAAGGUCAGGGUGAGAAGAAUGUGACCUUCUGGGGGACACCACGGGCACUGUGCGACAUGCUGCAGGGGCAGAGACUGGUGGUGGAGGAGAAACGGCCAUGUCUACUCGUGCCUGCCUGCAAAGACCCUGAGGACGAGAAGCUCUAACACCUUUCCCUUCCACUCUGACCCUCUGAUCUCCCAAACCUCAAUAAACCAGCCUCUUCGGA